UGUUGACGGGGCAGUGGAGCCUCCCCCUUGCCAGCCCAAGCAGUAUAAAGCCACCCUGAGGCCAGCCCACUGCCGCCCGCCGGUGACCAUGAAGGCCGUCCUCCUCACCCUGCUGGCCGUCGGUUUGGCCCUGCGGCCAGGCACAGCCCUGCAGUGCUACUCCUGCAAGGCCCAGGCGAGCAACCAUGACUGCCUGCACGUGCGGAACUGCACUGGCUCCGAGACCUACUGCUGGACCGAGCGCAUCCGUGCUGUUGGCAUCGUGACUGUCAUUAGCAAGGGCUGCAGCUCGCACUGUGCGGACGACUCGCAGAACUACUACGUGGGCGGGAAGAACAUCACGUGUUGCUCCACUGACCUGUGCAACGCCAACGGGGCCCAUGCCCUGCAGCCAGCUGCUGGCACCCUGGCACUGCUCACUGCGCUCGGUGGCCUGCUGCUCUGGGGCCCUAGCCGGCUGUAGCACCCGAGAGGACCCCACUGUGUCCCAUACUGGGCAUCAGUGCCCAGGAGCCCCGGAGCACUCUUCACACACACCUGGCCCAGUUGAGGCCCCUCCUAGACCCUAACUCAGGAAAGUCCAUGCCGCUCUGCCCUUCCUGGCCUUCUCUGGCUCCCUCCAGGAGCCCUGCCCCACUGUUCCUGCUCAGCGGGCUGGGUUCUACUGAUGUGGCACUGUUCCAGAUCAAUAGAACCCAGCCUGCACACGGCCCCUCCAGCCCCCACACUGCAGCCUACUCCUUAAGCCUUGCUCAAGCAUGUCUUCCUCCAGGAAGCCUUCCCCGCCCCACCCCCUCCAUCAGCCAAGCCACGUCCCACCCAUGGUGUCCCCUGCAACGGGCACUCAGGAGGGCCCCACAGAGGCUGAGGAGAAUUACGGGCUGGGAGUGUGAGGUCCCACGGGCCCCAGAGAUGAGGUGUGGAGGGGGGUCCAGCUCCCCAUGGCCAUGGGAGUCCUGGGGCAUGAACCCCAGCACACAGGAGGCCCUUAAUAAAGUCCCCUGACCUA